AUGAAUCCCACCCCUCUGGCCAGCGGUGACAGCCUCCGCCGACGUCGCCGAAGUGUUUCUACUUCUUCCUCCAUCUCAGUCUCUUUUGAUGAACUCUCGGAGUCGGAUAAUAAGUCUCCUCGAAAGCGAAUCAAGAUAGCUAAUGCCUCUGGUGCCGCUGGCACUCGAACGGCUUUGCCCAAGAAGCGUGUUAUUUUGAAAAAGACUGGUGUGUCAUCUGGCAACAACAUUUCUGGCAAGGAUAAGACUCAAAUGAGUACAGCCGCCCCUGCUCCCCCCGGUCCGGGAGAGAGAGGAGAGCGUGAGAUCGAGUGUGUUCCCUGCCUCAAAAGUUUAGUCAAAGGCAAUGGCGAUGGAAUCUGCAAAAAUGGUCCUGCUGAUCGCUGCGUUGGCUGUGCCCCUGGCAUUUAUGCAGGUCUUUGCGUUCCUAUUCCUGCCGUGGUACGGGACCUGGCUCGCGAUUUGCGCACAGCCACUAAGAGGCGCUAUCGGGAUGAUAUCAGCGUGGGUGAAGCCUCAGGACUUGACAAAAAGCUCAAGGAGCUUCGUACCGCGAUCCAAAUGGUACUCGAACGAUCUGAUGUCAUCACCGCGACGGUGAUCUCCGACGCGUUCGCAACUGAGGUAGUUAGCAAGCCAGUUCAUACGCUUGCUGCGCCUGCUGCGCCUGCUGUUCCAGCUAUUCCAGUUGCACCCUCUACGGUUCAUGCUUCGGUUCAAAAAGAGGAACAUAAGAAUGUGGUCCAGGCAGUCCUUCCUGGUGUCCCGGCCUCUCCUGUACAGCCUGUUGUCCCCCAGGGUUUCGCCGAUUACAACGAACGCCGAGACCGUUUUCUUGACGCCGUUGAGCCUCUCGUUAACAGCGUGUUCAUCCCUGCUGUCAGCCGUUUCCUUGAUCGAUACUUCAAGUAA